AUGGCUCCUCCGCCCCAAUUCCAGCGCUCUUCGUCGCCGUCGCAGCCCUCCGGGUAUCUGACGAUGAUUCGAUCUCCAAGCCCCAAUUGUCCCCUCUCGGGCUCACUCUCUGAUCUUUUUUAUGUAUUCCUGGAGCAGGAAAAGCGAGAUCUCCGAUCUGAAGUUGCAGCUCCGGCAGCUGGCAGGGAGCCGAGCGCCGGGGGCCGAUGAUGCGAAAAGAGAACUCUUCAAGAAGGUGAUUUCUCACAUGACUGUUGGGGUAGACGUGUCGUCCCUCUUCAGUGAAAUGGUGAUGUGCUCAGCCACCUCCGACAUCGUGUUGAAGAAGAUGUGCUAUCUGUACGUCGGCAACUACGCCAAGGGGAAUCCAGACCUCGCUCUUCUCACUAUCAACUUCCUUCAGAGGGAUUGUCGCGACGAGGACCCUAUGAUACGUGGUCUCGCCCUGAGGAGUCUCUGCUCACUGCGAGUCACUAACCUCGUGGAGUACCUAGUGGGCCCUCUGGGCUCAGGCCUCAAGGACCCCAACGCGUACGUGAGAACGGUAGCGGCAAUGGGCGUUUUGAAACUUUACCACAUCUCCGCCUCUGCAUGCGUGGACGCUGAUUUCCCAUCCAUGCUCAAGCGCCUCAUGCUCAAUGAUCCGGAUUCCCAGGUAUGAAUGGCUAAUGUCUGAAAAGGUUAAGACCAGGGGAAGUCAAAAUACUCGACAACGUCGUAUAUCACCCUUGCCUUUCAUGUGUCCUCGAUCCUCUUUAUUUCCACCCAUAUGGGUAAUUUUCAUAACACGAAUGCUAUUUGCAGGUCGUUGCAAAUUGCCUGUCCUCGUUACAGGAGAUAUGGAGUGCGGAGGCGAACACGUCCGAGGAAGCUGCCAGGGAGAGAGAAGCUUUGCUUAGCAAACCACUUGUCUAUCAUCUAUUGAAUAGGUGCUAUUCAUUUUUAUGCACUGGAAUUCUCCACCGUAUAAUGAUAUUUAGAUGUCUACAGUUUAGUACCAUAUUGUUUCCCCUCUGGGUUUAUAGUUUGGUUGAACAUUUGCUCCAUACCUUUUUCUACUCCGAAUUUAUUAUUGAAUAUUUUCAUUUUUUUCUUUUUGAAUCACAAUCAGAUGAAAACUUUUUGAAUUCUCAGAAUCUAUAUUUUAGGCACAUAAAACCCUUUAUGCUUAUUUUUUCCCAUUAAGGUUUCUGUUGGUCAAAAUUGAGUUUCCAGAGACAUACAAAACAAGUGCGGAUCCUCCAUUUCCUUGAACUUUUUCUGUCAGCAUUACGUUGAAGGCGAUGUAGAAACAAUCAAUUCUCGUUUCUUUUUAGGAAGCUUAGUGGCAAGACUUCAAGCAUGGCGAUUCAUUAUCGUCCUUCUAGGUGGUGCAGUUUGUUCCAUUUCUGUCAUCAUUGCUGUUAACAGCUUUCUCAAUGCUGUAGCGUCAUGGUCAAGUUAGAGGCUGGGAUCUGACCGUUAAAGCUUUAACCAUGCAUGUUAAUAUGCUGGAUUCACUGUAUCUGUAGAUCUGCGGAUAAGAUGGUUUCCGAAAGACUGUCUAACAUGAUAAGGCGAGGCUCAGUCUCGCUUCACAUGCAGAAGUCAGCGUGGUUUUUUGUAUCUGUACAAUAAACAGAAGUAACAGUACCAGAAAAAAUGCAAUUAGAUAAGGCUAUGGCUGUUCACUUCGAGAUUAUUGUAAAAACCGCCAAAUAACAUUUAUCUAGUGCAUUGUAGAAUCAUGGUAAUUUUUCUAUUGUAUUUAUUAGCCGACCAAGAUUGUAUAUGCCAUACUGGUCAUCAUCCGGUUCUGUUUCAGUAUUGUUGAAAGUAUUGUGGCAGAAGUGCAAUACUGAUUAGAGGUGGCUGGUGUUGUAGCUGUGGGGUUAGAGAACGGGAAAAAAGUAUCGAUGAAAGAACAAUUUAUGUCGGUUAAUGUUAUAAUAAAAUGACGAAUGCCCACUUUUUGAAAGAGCGACGUGUUAAAUUUUCUCUGUUUGCUUAAGUAUCUCAAUAGUUCAACUGAAAGAUGUCUCCAGUGGUGGAGAGCAGGAGCAAAUUGUUUAUGGGUUCUCCAUCCUGUGUUUUAUUUUUUUCUUAAUCUAGCUAGAGGAAUCUCCCUUCAACCUUUUCUGAGAAAUGAAAGAGCAUCAAUCCACUGUAAGAAAGUAGAAUAUACUUCCACUGAAGGAUACGAGUCAGAUUCCCAUCCCCAAUUUUUUAUGGGAUUUAUUUAUUUAAUCUCCUUAUGAGGCCUUUUGGACAGAUACAUAAUAUAGACAUUAGCAAUGUCAUUCAACUAAUAUACGAUAUAAUCAGUUGCACGAGUCAGUAGGAAAUAAGAUACUAGUUUGCCACCAACUUGGUAAUUGACUUGUAAAGCAAAGAAAAUCACAAAAAUAAGUGGAGGUUUUAAUCUAGGAGAACCAACCUGCACCUGUUUUGGACGAUGCAUAUUUAAGCAAAAUACUACGGGGUUAUAAUCAUGAAUAUUGGUUUCUUCACUCCUCUCCUGCUGUUCCCAACCAUGUGUUUCAAAGACUCCAAUCGAGAAUAGCCUCCAGCUCUAGGUAACUUUGAAUGUAACUUUUUUGUUCUGCUGUUCUAACAGCCAUGGAGAAAAUUUGGCUUAGAUUCUUGGUUAUUUGCUCUUAAAACAUGAUUGGUAUGUUAUGGCCCCUCGUCCUAAGAACUGUAGUCAGUGGUUGUUCUGCAUGUAAGUCCCUAUUAUUUCAAAUGAAUGGUGAUGAAAGCUCUUUCUUGUUCUAUGUCCGUUACAUUCAAUUCAAGGUUGCUCUUUUGAUUUGCUUUCUUCUUUUACUGUUUUCAUCUGUUUUCAUUUCUGAAGUUUCUGUACACAAUGUUUUCUUUUCUAUUGAGUGAUUCAGUAAUUCUGAUUCAAGCUGUUGGUGUUUCCCAGGAUCAAGGAAUUCAAUGAAUGGGCUCAGUGCCUUAUACUUGAUUUGAUAUCUAACUAUAUUCCAUCAGAUAAUGAUGAAAUAUUUGACAUUAUGAACCUUCUUGAGGAUAGGCUUCAGCACGCGAAUGGUGCUGUUGUCUUGGGCACAAUCAAGGUGUUUCUGCAUCUAACAUUGUCUAUGGCAGAUGUUCAUCAGCAGGUGCAUUCUGAGAUUACUUUUUCUUUUUACGUUCAUACUCGAUAUGCUUUUCAUAGCUUAAUUAUAUAUGAGGAAAUAACAUAGGAAAUUGUUUUUUGUUGAUGAGCGUCUGGUGUACGAUUGCUCGCUUUACUAUUUAUGAUCUUUUUUUAUUUAGGUGUAUGAACGCAUCAAAGCCCCUUUACUCACGUUAAUGAGCUCUGGGAGUCCAGAACAGUCAUAUGCUGUGUUGAGCCACCUUCAUCUUUUAGUUAUGCGUGCCCCGGUGCUGUUUUCAUCAGAUUACAAGCAUUUCUACUGCCAGUACAGUGAACCAUCCUAUGUGAAGAAACUAAAACUUGAAAUGUUGACUGCCAUUGCCAAUGAGAGCAAUACAUAUGAGAUUGGUAAGAUUUCUUUCACUUUAAACUGUUCAUUGCUCUGUUGGUAAUAUCUGCAUUCAUUGUUUGUUCUCUGGUCUACUGCUCAAAUUUUCAUCAGGGGCUAAUGCGAUUUGACUGCCCCUUUGUUGUCAACUUGAGGUUUUUUGUUCCAAGUAUGUUCUUCUUGAAUCCUUGUAACCUUUCUCACUCUAUUUCAGUGACUGAACUGUGUGAAUAUGCUGCAAAUGUCGAUGUAUCCAUUGCCAGAGAAGCCAUUCGAGCUGUUGGAAAAAUAGCACUGCAGCAGUAUGAUGUCAAUGCCAUUGUUGACCGGCUUCUGCAAUUUCUGGAAAUGGAAAAAGACUAUGUGACUGCAGAAACUCUGGUCUGUAGUUUUUAUGAUAACUGAAGUUAUGAAUUUCAUUUACCAGUGUGACCACCUGCUUCAAAGCCCAUGCCCUAAGUGUUUCUUCUUUUGCCUUUCUUUCCGACCUUUUUGCCUGCAGGUACUGGUGAAAGAUCUUCUCAGGAAAUACCCUCAGUGGAGUCACGAUUGUAUUGCAGUAGUUGGGAAUAUCAGUAGCAAGAAUGUUCAAGAACCUAAAGCAAAAUCAGCUCUUAUAUGGAUGUUGGGCGAAUACUCUCAAGAUAUGCCAGAAGCACCUUACAUAUUGGAGAAUCUCAUAGACAACUGGGAUGAUGAACAUUCUUCAGAGGUAACAAUGCUCUUUUGAUUGAUUGUACAGCAGUCCAGUCGUAAAGCGGCGCACCUAGUAUUCUAUGGAGUCCUUUAUUCAACACUCUCCAUCGUGUUGAUCUAGGAAUUAUUUUCUUUUCUAUGGGACGAUUGUCAAUUGACAAAUGAAUAAAAACGCAUUAAUAUUUUGCGAUCUCACCUCAUUUUUUCAAUAUAUAGGAUACAUGCUUAAUUGUGGGGACGACAAUAAUUUUGCCAAUUGUCAGCUGAUGUAUUGAUUCUAUUUUUAUACUUGUCCCACCCCACCUUUCUUUUUCCUCUGAUAGGUGAAGCUCCAUAGGAAUACCACUGAUUUUAACGUCUAAGACUUGGUGUCUUCCUCUUUUAUUCAUGAUUUGUUUGUUAAAAUGAUAUUGAUUAUCAUGGCUUAAUGGCAAUGAUCCUACCCCUGUACGUCAGAGAUUCCUACUUAAAGCAUACAUCCAUCCAAAUUUUUGGGACCAGUUUAUGAAGCUAUUGUGAAUAAUUUGCCCAGAGUGAAUUUGGUGAUCAAUUUGUUUCUGCUCUCGACAAAUCUAAAGAGUUGCGUUUCCGCACCAAAGACAACAUUUAUGCCUUUUUUGAUGUGGGCAUUGUCCCAUGUAUUUAUUGAUCUUCCUCUCUACUUUCACCGUUCAGGGACUAUGUUUCUUAUUUGGUCUUGUAUUGUUUCUUAUUUAUUUUAUCUGUACUGUACGAGUUAUUUUCUUCACCUUGCUCUUAAAUCCUCUCUCUCUCUCUCUCUCUCUCUCUCUCGCUUGCUUGCUUGGUAGCUCUCCAAGGGAAGAAGGGGAAGAAUGCUCCUUUUUCUGUUUCUCACGUUUAACUCAUUCAUCCUAGGAAUUAUCUGAUUCCGAUUGCAUUAUAUGCUUCCUGUCAAGUUCGCCUUCUUACGUAUCUAAGACCAGUGCAUAUUUAAUAAAAUGCCACGCUGACUCACUUGCAUGGUGUUAAUUAGAAACUAGAGGAUUAUAAAGAAUUAAAGAUAGUCAAAGAGGCCAAGUUCGUCAGAGGUAGGCAACGAGGGAAGGGGAUGUCAACAUCAUCGACAAAAUAGGAAGAGAAAUAUGUAAAAUCUCUUCUUCAAUAAAUUUGUGGUUUGACUUUUCAAGAAAAUACUUCAAGUCUAGUAUUAAAUUGUGAAAACAACCUAUACCUUUUUACCGAGGCUGAUUAACCUUUUGUAUCCAUAUAGUUUUACCCAAAAAGUCAUCCUAUUAGUAUAAGGUGAACCAAGUCAGUUCCAAGAGGACACAAAAAGAAAUGAUACUUCUGGUGAUUUCAACCUACAAUUACUGUAGCUCCACUACGCCAUUUUCAAUGCCUUAUACGAGCUAUUUACAGCUUUGAUUUUAUUAAUUCAAUGCCAGAGGUUUGGGACAUCCGCUAUCUUAUGGCGUGGAAGUUUUGUUCCUUCGACAUGCUGACUUAACUCGUUCAAGUUUCUUUUGAUUUUCAUCAGUUAAUUUAUAUCUUUGCUCAUAAAAAUUGUAAACCCUAAUUCCAUUUUGCGAAGGUUCGAUUGCAUCUGCUCACUGCGGUGAUGAAAUGCUUCUUUAAAAGACCUCCUGAAACGCAAAACGCCUUGGGGGCUGCUUUGGCGGCUGGUUUGGCUGACUUCCGCCAGGCAAGUCAGAAUUCAAAUUGUGUUUUAGAAGGAAAUGAAAGAUACCAAGUUGAAUAUUCCAGGAUUCCUGCUGUUCUUUGAUUUCUGUAUAUAUUAAAUGUGGAAUUACAUUGCAGGAUGUUCAUGAUAGAGCCUUAUUCUACUACAGGCUGUUGCAAUAUGACGAAUCUACAGCAGAACGAGUUGUGAACCCUCCUAAACAAGCUGUUUCAGUAUUUGCCGAUACUCAGAGCAGCGAGCUAAAAGAUCGCAUAUUUGAUGAGUUCAACAGUCUCUCGGUCAUAUACCAAAAGGUGAGCCUGUUCCUUCGUUUUGAAACUAUCUUAUUAGGUUAAGUAAUGAAAAAAAGAUGAGGCGGCUUUGCACUGAAACAAAUCAAUUCACUGUCAUUGUCUUUCCUUGCUUGCUUUCUGUUAAUUUUUUUGAAGGAAAUGAAUUCCUGGAAGAUUUCUUACAAGUGUUCUAUUCAACCUCUAUUUCUUCUCUCCUAAUGCCCUCUAUGAAAUAUAAUUUACUUAAAGAAAGAUUGAAGUAAUUCAGCCGAGAAGAUUAUUUUGAAUGGGGAGCAAUUUUACUGAUAACCAUACAUUGUUUUGCCAAAGUGUAUAUCAUUUCUGGUUAAUCGGGUGAGGCUUUUUAUACUUUUGGGAGAGACCAGAACGAAUUCAUAGAACGAGAAAAAAAAGUUAUCUUUGGACGAACAAUAUGUAAUAUCUUGUCACUUAUGCAAGACAUAAUAUUUUCCAUACAAUGCAGAACCGAAAGUCGCCAAUAUGGUUUAGAUCUGACCUAAUCGUUGAGCUUAUAUCAUUCUAGACGUGUGUUUUUUUGCAUUUUGAUCCUAGAAUCAUUAGAACUGGUAAGAACGACAUGGAAUUGGUGGGACCUGGUCAAAACCAUUGUUUGCAUGCCUGCCAAUUCAUGUUCAUAACUGGUGGAACUUGAAAGUUGAUUGCCAUUGUCAACGUCCUAUAGCACUUCCUGAUCUGGGUUUCCUCCCUUCUUGUCGUUGCUUUCAUAAAGUGAUAUUAUCUCUUCCUCUUCAACGAGCUUCACUGCUGGUCACGCUGUUCCUAACCGAAAAAUCGAAAAAAUUCCAGCCCUCGUACAUGUUCACAGGGAAAGAACAUCGCGGUCUGACUGAUAUCUCAGAAGAACUCGGGAACCUAUCUGUGGAGGCGCAGCCCGCGGCCGAGGCUCUGCCCGCUCAGAUAUACGAAGCAAAUGACGUCGAUCUGCUGCUAAGCACGUCCGAGAAAGAAGAAGUUCGAGGACCGGUCAACAACAGCUCGGCGUACAGGGCUCCCGAUUAUGACAGCACCACUGCAGCUCUGGUCAGCUCACAGGUGCCGCUUGAAGCCGAUCUUUCGAUCCCAGGUCUCCCUGCAUACAACCCCCAAGUCAGCUCCGCCAUCGAUGAUCUACUUGGCCUGGGUUUGUCUGUUGCCCCCACGCCGGCACCGCCGCCGCUUGCGCUCAAUCCGAAGGCUGCUCUUGACCCUGGCUCCUUCCAGAGGAAAUGGAGCCAGCUUGCGAUAUCAUCAUCACAGGUUCGAUUCAGGGUGUCUUCUUGUUAAUCUUUUCAUUGUUCAUAUGUAGAUUCAUUGGUAUUAAAAAAUAAUAAUCUUGGGCGAUUUCUUUUUCGAUCUAAAUCAUUUUCUCUUCGUGGUUCAUCCAUCGUGCAGGAGUUUUGUAUAGAACCCCGCGCAGUGGUGGCCCUGGCGACGCCCCAGACGCUGCUCCGGCACAUGCAGGGGCACCACAUCCAGUGCAUAGCCUCGGGCGGUCAACCUCCGAGCUUCAAGUUCUUCUUCUAUGCUCAGAGGGCGGGUCAACCCCCGUCCUUCUUCCUGGUGGAGUGCCUGGUCAACUCCUCGUCGGCGAGGGUACAGGUGAAGAUCAAGGCCGACGACGGCGCCGCCGCCGGAGACUUCUCUGCCUUGUUCCAAGCGGCCCUGUCUAAAUUUGGGGAGUGA